GGAAAAAAGAAAUGCCUGAAAUGAUACAACCCAAAGCGCAUAAUAAGUUCUUUGCUAGCCUCUCCCAUCAAGUCCCCCCAAAUUUCGCAAGGUGAGUUCGUCUCAAAUCUUACCGGUGCUGCGAAAACCGAAGGCAGCCUAAAGGGUACGAUCAACGUUGUCAUUUUGCCACUAAAAUAAAUAUUCUCCAGCAUGAAAACAAGGAUCACGAAUUUUCCCACUCAAUUUCGUUCACAUCGAAUCCUUCCUCUAUGAGCCAAAAAGGGGGUGGCUCCCACAUGUAAGUCUUCCUCCCCAGCCCUCUCUUUCUUGUCUGAUUCCCUAGCGACGCGCAGUUCGAAAUAGGUCAUCGGAUUCGAAGUUCACAAUUCCUUAGGUGGGAGAGGCUGAAGAAAAAAUUUAUUGUAUACCAAUUGAACGCGUUCCUUAGCGAGAGUACCAUUCGACGCACGAGGAGUUGCAUCUGGAAGUGUGGCGGAAGAAGUCGGCUUCCUCGUAAAGGAUUGCGAGCUUCUCUUCAGGUUCUUUCUGUAAAGACGCGCGCGCUAGCGAGUUUCGGAGGAGAGGAGAAUCUUUAUAGGCCUGGUCGAGCUAAGCAAGAGGAAGGACGCUUAUUUAAAGGUAACAUAUCGGUAGAGCCUUUCACCGAAAGCGACGCGUAUUGGUAGAUUCUUCUCAGAAAAGCAGCCAUUUACGUCUCUCGCGCUUGAUCCCGUCUAUUGUCCAUAGCCUCUUCGAGGAGUUGCAGAUCGCUCACCCCAUGUCGAUCUCCGGCAUCCAAGGCCAACUGCUGGAAGUAACAGUUGUUGGAUGCACCAAAUUGAAGGACACAGAAUGGAUAUCCAGGCAAGACCCCUACGUCUGCCUCGAAUACGGAAGUGCCAAGUUCAGAACCAGGACGUGCACAGAUGGAGGAAAGAAUCCCACCUUCCAAGAGAAAUUCAUCUUUACCCUCAUUGAGGGUCUCCGGGAAAUCAACGUCCAUGUCUGGAACAGCAACACGUUAACCAUGGACGAUCUAAUUGGCAGCGGAAGGAUUCAGUUGCAAAGGGUCCUCCAUGAGGGAUACGAUGAUUCGUCGUGGCCACUCCAGACCAAACAUGGAAGGCAUGCAGGUGAAGUGAGGCUGAUACUGCACCAUCCGAACCUGAAUAAACGUCCGAACAACCAGGCAAUGUCUUUCCCCACGUAUGCACCAUCAGCACCACCGCAGCACCAGAGCACUUACAACGUUCCUUAUACUCAGCCACCACCCACCGCCUACCCUCCUGUUGCUUGCUACCCAAACCAAACUCCAUCUGCAUAUCCGCCACUGUACCCUCCACCACCAGUCCCGAUGUCAAGCUAUCCUCCUGCUCCAUAUCGCCCCCAGCCUGCUGUUUAUCCUCCGCCACCGUAUCCCCCAACAACGUAUCCUCCGGCAACAUACCCACCGGCUCCAUAUCCAGGGUACCCAGGAACAUACCCACCAUACUGAUGUUUCAAACGGAGGUGCAGCGUAUGACUUUCAGUUGAAUCAUCCCAGCAAGAACUUGCAGCCUUUUUCCUGUCGAAUCUGAUAGUUAUGGUUUGCAAUACUGUGACGACGAUUCAUCACAUGUAUAUUUUGGAACUUGUAAUAUGCAAAUUGUUCUUUGACAAGGUUGUUUGUCCCUCAGCUUGCGUUUCUUUUCAUAAAUAAUUUUCAGAAGUGGACCACACCUCAAUGUGAAAUGAAAAAAUGUCGUACAUAUAGAUGGCAUGCAAAUAUGCUCAGAGUCCAUGUUUUCUCGUAAGAGAUGAUAAGAUCUUAUGCAAAUUUUUUAUCUCUUCA